GAACCCGGAACUCAAUUCGCCGAAAGCACGCCUCCUUUUUAAUGUUCGCCUUUCCAAUACGCAACCGCCAAAACAAAGGAAGGAUUCGAGAACGAGAGUGAGAGGGAUGGCUCCCCUCUUCACACAGAGCCAUCAUCGCUCCCUCGAGCUCUCCUUCCUCUCCCCACGAUCCCCCGGUCGGGCGCCGCCCCCUCGCCCUUUGCCUCGCCGCGUCUCGGGCCGGACGAUGGCUUGCGAGCCCGCGGACGCGUUUCGAACGGUGAGGCCGGUCACCAUCUCCUACCCCGAGCUGCAGGACAAGAAAACGGAUUUGUCGACCAAGAUCGAACAAGGGCUAGGACCCAAUGGACUUGGAAUCCUUGCAGUCUCUGAUGUGCCUGGGUUUCCUCUGUUACGUCAAAAUCUCCUACAUCUUGCACCCAGAGUCGCAAACCUACCUGAUGAUGUAAAGAAAGAGCUUGAAGACCCAGACAGCAGGUAUAAUUUUGGAUGGAGUCAUGGGAAAGAGAAGCUGGAAUCUGGUAAAUUUGAUACAUUUAAAGGCUCAUAUUAUGCCAAUCCAAUCUUAGACAUACCUACGACUGAUGUUGCUGUUAUACACAGGUACCCAUCAUACUGUCGACCAAAUAUAUGGCCUGCCAUUUCUUUGCCUGAGCUUGAACAAGCAUUUAAAAAUCUUGGAAAGCUGAUGUUGGAAGUUGGGCUCAUGUUGGCAUAUCAUUGUGAUCAAUAUGUAACAAAGGAGAUGACAAAGCAUGAUGAUGGACUUGAGCAUAUACUUAGGCACUCCAGGUGCCACAAAGGUCGUUUAUUAUAUUACUUUCCUCGGCAACUGAGUGAAUGCACUGGGGAUAUUCGUUCCACGUCCUCAUGGUGUGGGUGGCAUACUGACCAUGGGUCACUCACAGGUCUUACUUGUGGCAUGUUCAAGAGAAAUGGUAUAGAGAUCCCAUGUCCUGACACGGGUGCUGGCCUUUACAUUAAAACGCGAAAUGACAAAAUUGUCAAAGUUGUGUUUGGAGAAGAUGAAUUAGCAUAUCAAAUUGGUGAAACAACUGAAGUAUUAUCAAAGGGCCGUCUUUGUGCUACUCCACAUUGUGUACAGGAAUCCAGAUUUACUCUUUCUUUUGUUAUUUAUUCUCUUACCAUACAUCUAGAAUUUGCCUUUUUAUAUAAGGCACCUAAUGGUGAAAAGGCUUUUGGUGUGGAACGUUCAACUUUUGCUAUGUUCAUGCAACCUGACUGGGAUGAGCGUCUUAGAUUUCCUGACGAGAUUCAUCAUCAUCAAGAGUUGAUUCCACCAAAUGGAACUCUUACUUUUGGGGAGUAUUCCGAAAUGCUCCUUAACAAGUAUUACCAUCAAAGAAUGAUUACCAGUCAGAAAGUAGAGGGGCAGCUGAUAAUACAAUUGCGGGGUAUGGAUAGUGAUGUACCACUAGAGUAUGCAGUUUGAAAUUAAAGGUUUACUUGAUGUAGCUUCGAGAAAGAUUUUGUGAUGGUUGAAGCUGGUACAGGAGGCAUCACUAAAUGGAACUGAUUUUGUGAUAGCCAGCCACUUCAUGAGUAAUCCAAAGCUCAGAAAGGUGACAGCACCAAACAAGCAUUACAGGCCAUCAUGAGAUCUCCCUUCCGCCGUGUUCGGGAUAACGCUGGGGGCGCGUCAAGUAGGGGGAAGCUCGGUAAGUUGCUGGGUUCCACGAAGGGCCAUCUCUCCUCCGCAUGGCCCGGUUGGUGGCCGAGGGUGGACAUUAUGGGAGACCAUGAUGCUCAUGUCUGCCAUUCAUUCUGAUUGGUCGGCAUCAUAUGGUGGCUGAGGGUGGACUGAAUGAUAAGCUACUUGAAACACCAUCUAAGACUUACUGGAUAUUGUAUGGUAUAAGAUUUCUCCUCUUGGCUUGUCACAGAUAUUAUAUUAGUAGAUAUAUAUAUA